GUCAGUCCCAGCCAGCAGCAGCACUCAGGCUGACUCUGAGCCAUAGGGCGCAGUGAGGCGUGGGGCUGCCCGGGCAUGCAGCAGGGUGACACCCACCGCAUGUACCCGUGUGACUAGCGGAAGUGAGGGUGAGGAGCAGCAGGGAGCACGGCUAGCACUCUGCUCAGUGCAGCACAGCAACUCCAGGCUGAGGAUGGGGAACUUGAGCUGUGUCCCGCAGCCACACCGGCAGCUCCGAUACUCCUUCAGCAGGAAGAACUCACUCCAGGGGAAAGAGCAGGACAGCAGAACGAAGUGGACAUAUUUGUUUGGCAAUGAAAGUGGGGUGGGAAGAGUAACUAACUCUGACAACAUUCUGCAGUACAUCCCAGGGAAGGACAUUGGUAGUGAUGUGCAGAAGGAUAAUGUGGACCAAAGAUUCCUCAGCAUCUUCCGUAAGGGAAAGAAGAAAACCAUUGUCCGCAAUAUGGGGCAAAUGAUUCAUUAUUCCAAGGUCAGGUUCCGUUUCCAGCACAGCCAGGAUAUUAGUGACUGUUAUUUGGAGCUGUUCCAGUCCUACCUGUACUUCCAGUCCCGAGGUCCCACUGGGCUGACCUACCAGGGACUAGUACCAUUGAAAGAGCUUAGUGUUUACAAGCUGGAGCGCUCCAAAGUCCCACCAAAACCAGAACAAGAGCAUGCUUUCCGGAUAACAGGUCCUUUGCUCAAUCCUUUAAUCGUUUAUUGUCCAACCCAGCAAGAGUUGCAGAAAUGGCUGUAUCAUUUGGAGAAACAGAUCCAGCUCAAUGGUGGAAAUGUGGACACUAUUCCAGUAACAGAGGUCAAAAAUGUUAAUAUGUGGGACAAGUCGGAGCUCAGGAGGUCCGUUCAGAGCCAACCAGUGCAGGACUGGGAAGGGACGCAGAGAGAGUCUCUGGGCUCCAUCACCUGUAUCUCCAAGGUGAAGCUGCAGACUAUGCCAUUCCAGGAGCUGAAUGAAAGACUUUUGGUCUUGUACCCGUCUACUCUUGUGAUACUCUCUGAAGAAGGCAAAAACCUUUGUUUUAAGGGAGAACUACCUCUUAAAGCCAUACACGUGACUUCAGACGAAAAUGAAAAACAGAAGAAGUCAUUUUUAUUAGAAGGAAGGUACAUCAACACGAUCCGGGUGAUCUGCCUCAGUCAGCAGGAUUAUGAGGAGUGGUUAGAACACCUGAAACGUGCACAGCUGCAAAACAGGGAUUCUUCACUGUCUGCAUCCAGUAGUUUCUGUGGAUCUCACUCCGGACCACAUGAGCAGGUCACUGCCAGCUGUAGGAGCUCGUUUACAUCAGAUGGACGCACCAAAUCCUGGGCAACACCAGGGAAGCUGCCCAACUCAAGCUACCAGUCUAUCAGCACUACCCAGGGAUCCGAUCAACAGUCAUACGCCAUAUUAGGGGAACAGACCUUGCAGGAGGAUCCCCUAUCACCUGGGUACACAGAGCCAGUUCAUUGUUUGGCAAAUCCAAAUUGGCCGAGUGGACCAACUGGAUCAGGUGAUCUUCAGAGAGGUGGCAGUAUCCGCGGGUCAAAAGGAAAAAACAACCUGUGUUUGCAGAUACCAUCCUCUAUGCCGCACAGUUAUGACCUGGAAAAUACAGCGUUUGGUCUUAUCCCCGAGACCCCUAGUGAAGAUGUCCUAUCCCCGUUAUACAAGGAGCCGUACUCUUAUCAAAAACAUCAAACCCACUCUUCAGUAACUCCUCAGAUGCUGCUAAACAGGUGGAGCCUGACAGACAGCCAGAAAUCUACCUCCACACCCGACAGUCAGGCUUUGUCAAAGUCUCCAUUGUAUGCCGAACCGUACACACCAACCGGCCAAUCCAGCAGCACUUUUGUGGAAGAGAUUUUGAGAAAUCUGAGCACAAACCGCAGUGAGACGCAUGCAUUAAACUUAAAGACCAAUGGAUCAUUCAAUGUGAACCACAAUCCACACUCUGAAUUGCAGAAGAAGUAUUCCCACCCAGUCAGGGGGAGCCAGCAGCUGGUGAAGCCUGUCCUGCACAGGAACAGCGAGCCGGACACAUCCGUGCACUCCAGACUCAUGCCAGCCACACAGACUCCCUUCUUUAAAAGUAUAUCCGCAGUAAAAGAAGAAAUUGCUUUAUCUUACCGAAACAAAGAAGUGGAAGACAUGUUUGAUCUGCCAUCAUCGGGAAGUCUGCAGACAGAGUCCUUGGACCACGACUAUGCAGAGCUUCAGAGCUUCCAGAGUGACCUCAGCUAUGACAAUAUAUGGGACUAUGAAGCCAAGGAGAAAGAUCUUACUCGUUUCUCCCCACCUCCUUUCCCGGGGCAGUUAUUCCCUGGGAUCAAGCAAGGGAAGGCCGUGCAUAGUCGUUGGUUGUAAAGGAGAGACUUGUGAUGCUGCCAAAUACAGCCAGAGGUGGAGCUGUGUUCCAUCUUUGACCAAUCGUGAAGGACGUUAUUGCUGCUUUCCGUUAUACUGGGUCACAACCCAGCAGGGAAUGUGCUGCUUACUGCCAAUUUUUUGUUCUAUUGGCACCCAUCAAUGGCCCUUCCCUUGCCACUCUUCUUGUACUGCUCACAGUAAAAAGAAAUGUUCUAGAUAACAAAAUGUAUAUCUCUCACACUUUCACGUUUAUUUUGCAGAUUAAGAUAUGCAUCAGUUUGUAUCAGGAGUAUAUGAUACAGAAUAGUAUCCUGCAUACAGGCUCCCAAAGCAUGUGUCUUGUUUAACACCUACAGGUUCACACUACUCUCUCCCCAACCUUCUAUCACUAACGUCUGACUCACAGAAUAUACACUGAUUUCACAAACUGCCUUCAUGCAAGGCUGGAACACUUCCUGCUAUUGGAAAACCACCCAAAAUGCAAACACACCUGUAGCAAGUCCUCUAAAAUGUAUGGAACUCUUACAGCAAUUAAUAUGUUUACUGUGAUUAUAACGUAGUCCAUGGUUAUUACAGACCUUGGACAGAGCUCUCAUUGGCUGUGAGCACAUUUUGCGCAUCAAAAAGGAGGAAAGAUGAAAUUUGCAGUACUGCUGCUGAUUAUCUUAUCCUAGCAAUCAGGAGAAAUUCUCUCUAUAAUGCUUUGUGCUUCAGAGUACCAAUAGAUAGGAUGGUGGUUAGUUUACACUGAGAAACUGUUAUUGUAAAGUAUAUUUAAUUAAUAUUUGGUUUAUUAUUUAGGCCACAAGGACCGUUUUUUGUUGUUUUUUUUUUUUUAUACUGGCUUAAAGGGUCAUAUUGUUCAUCCUAUUUAACGUAAAGCGGUAUUUAUUAAGAAUGGUUGCACUGUUUAAAGACUGUAUAUAAUUUGUUUGGAAUGUCAUUUUUGGAGGGCUGGGUUUUUUAGUUUCUUGAUAACAUUGUACCGUCAACUUUUAAAAUAAAAUCUGACCU